AUGUUACCAUUGGGAAUAUAUGAAUUAACACAUCCUGAAUCACUGUCAGAAUUUGAACUAAAAGAAAUUUUAGAAAAUAGAUGUAUUGACUUCAGUAAUUACAAAAAUUUAUCUAAACUUGAAUUAAUAGAAUUAUAUAAGAGGGUGGCAUUACCAUUACCUCAAAGACAAUCUAAAAGUUCCCAAAACUUAGAUACAGAGAGGCAAAAUGAGGCAACAAGUUCUACUAAUGAAUUUUACCGAAAUUCAAUUUCUUCAAAUGGUACAAAUAGUAUGAGGACAAUUAAAAGUCGAAAAAUAGAAGCACCCAAGCUCUUUCGCACAAGACCAGAGUCCCCUGUGAAUGAAGUGGCAUCUAAACGAAUAUGUUUACAUAAUUUAAGUAAUAUCACAAAAUGCAAUGGUGUUCACAAACAUAAAAAUGAUGAAAAGCAUGAUGGAGCUCCAAUUAAGAAAAGGCAAAAGAUUACAUGGCCAUAUCCAGGACUUAAUUACGAUCCCCAUCCGCAGUACACCUACGCUUACGACGUGCAAGACAGUUUAACUGGAGACUCGAAAACUCAACAAGAAAGUAGGAAUGGCGACGUGGUUAGUGGCAGCUAUAGUUUUAUCGAAGCUGAUGGCACCAGGAGGAUCGUCGAAUACACAGCGGAUCCUGUGAAUGGAUUCAACGCAGUUGUCCAUAGGGAACCUGUAGCUGUGAUUAAACCUGUCGUGAAGGUUGCUCCAAUUGCCUUUCACCCAUAGGAAGUUUUAACAAUUGUUAACUCGUUUAUUGC